AUGAGGAGGACCCGACUGAACCUUCUGCGAGACUGGGUACAUGGACCCAAAGUGGUGAGAGCCGCUGAGAGAGACUUGGGAUCACACUCUCUCCCUCCUCUCUCGUUCCCUCUCCCCUUCUUCACUUUCUCCCACGGACAGGAGCUGCGCGCGCGCGUGUGCGUAGAGAGGUAUGAGAGGAGAGGGAGGUUGAGGGCGUGA